GUAACCACAAAGACGUCCAUUAUCUCGCCUCUGGUCAACAUUUCUACAAACUUUGCUCGCCGAAUUCCUCGACUUCGCAAGAGGAGACACAAAAUGAAGAUCGUUUCUUCGGUGAAAAUCGCCUAAAAUUGUCUCGUAAACCUUUCAAAUUCGGCAUAUUGCACGCUGAACUAAUCAGAGAUCGCCUCUUUCUUAUCUCUUACGUUGACAAUUGUUGGUAAUACUUGAAGUGCACGAUUCAUUUUGUACCAGUACGUCUUCUUCGGCGAAGGAAACUGUAUCGAAGGUAUUAGAAGUGAAGGAAGAAUAGGGAAGAAUCAAGUGUUCGUCGAUUUUUAUUGUUUUCGAGAGAAAGAAGUUUGGUAGAGUUUGAAAUAUGCAGAUUAAGGAUAAAAGAGUCAUCGUGACAGGAGGUGCGAGUGAUUUGGGCACGAGUAUUAGCAGAGAAUUGCUGAGGAAUGGCGCCUCCAUGAUCGCGAUAAUCGAUUUUCGGGGAGCUUCUGGCAACGAAGCGAUGGAACUACUGAACAAGGAGUUUGGGCGCAAUCGUGUUGAAUUUUUUCCUUGUAACGUUGCGAACAAUUCUGAAUUCGAUGAAACUUUUAAGAAAGCUGUGGAUACACUCGGUGGCCUAGAGAUUCUAGUAAACAAUGUCGGGGUGAUUAAUGAAGAUGAUUUCAAGAAUACCAUUGACGUAAACGUGACUUCCGUGAUACGCGGAACUCUUCUAGGAUUGCAACAAAUGCAAAAGGACCUCGGAGGGAAAGGGGGUGUUAUCGUGAAUAUUUCGUCUAUGGCCGGUUUGCACUCCUUAUCCGAGUUUCCAGUAUAUUCUGCGACGAAACAUGCUGUGGUUAGCUUCAGCCGUUCCUUCGCGCAACCUUAUCAUUAUCAAAGAACUGGAGUAAGGGUAAUAGUAAUGUGUCCUGAGCUCAUUCCUACCACAGCCACGCAGUUGAAUGCAGAAUUUGCUGUUGUUGUACCAGAAUUGGUACAGAAAUAUUUCAAAAGAUUUCACAGUGUCGCGCAUGGGGUAGUGUACGUGAUCAGAUGCGCCCAAAACGGAAGUAUUUGGAUCAGCGAGGACGGAAAGCCUGUCUACGAGAUACAAUUAUUCGACAGUCUGCCUCAAAAACCCGACGAUACCACAUUCGACGAAAAUACUUCAGCAUACAAGCUUAAUUAAACUUGAGAAAUUCUGUAAAUAGAGCUUUAGUAUUAUUGUUGCAAUUUUUGCUAUUUUUUUAUUACGC